CAGACGGACACCAGAGGAAAGCUACCUGAGUCAUCACGGCUCCCUGGUCAGAGCUAGCCAUGACGAGGAUUUGUACCUGCGUAUACCACUUCCUUGUUUUGAGCUGGUAUAUUUUUCUCAAUUAUUACAUCUCACAACAAGGAGGAGACCAGCGGAAAUCCAAAGUCUUUCUCAAUGGCGGACAGUGGAAGUACUUGACAUUCCUAAAUCUGCUCUUGCAGGCCGUUUUCUACGGGGUCGUCUGUGUGGAAGAUGUACUAAAAAGAAUUAAGGGGGAAAAAGACAUUAAGUUCAUGACCGCCUUCAGAGACCUGCUUUUUACCACGCUGGCUUUCCCAAUCUCCACAUUUGUUUUUUUGUCGUUCUGGAUCCUCUUUCUCUACGAUCGAGAGCUUGUUUACCCUAAGGCCUUAGAUGGUAUCUUUCCAGUGUGGUUGAAUCACGCAAUGCACACAUCCAUCCUGCCCUUUGCACUGGCGGAAGUCAUCCUCGGCCCGCACUGCUAUCCACGGAAGAAGGAAGGUCUCACCUUGCUGGCUCUCGCUAGUCUUGUGUACAUCAGCAGGGUCCUAUGGAUCUACUCUGAGACGGGUACCUGGGUGUAUCCUGUGUUAGCCAAACUCAGCCCGGUGGGUCUAACAGCCUUCUUCUCUCUCAGCUACGUCUUUAGUGCUGGCAUCUAUCUACUUGGAGAGAAGCUCAACUACUGGAAAUGGGGUGACAUGAUGAAGCCAAGGAAGAAGAGGAAGUGAUCCCAGGCGGUUUUCCAAGAACAAAGAAGGAAGAAAACAUGAGAGUUUCAUUUCUAUUCUUUCUUUGCUUUGCUUUUUUUUUUUCUUUUCCUUACUUUUCUUUUCUUUUCUUUUUGGGUUGAGGGAGGUGGUGGAGCAACAUAGGAAGGUAGAAAGGACAGUGAAUGAUAUUUAAAUUUAAUAAGUGUUUAUGAAGGUAGCUUAAUGUGGAGACUCUGGGUUUGUUUUGUUUUGCAAGUUUACUGGACAUGCCAAAAACAACAA